AUGCCUUUCCCUUACAAGACCGUCCUCAUCACCGGCGCCACCUCCGGCAUCGGCCUUGCGCUGGCCGAGCGCAUGAUCAACAGCGGUGUCUUCGUCAUCGCCGUCGGCCGCCGCAAGGACCGUCUCGACGCCCUUGUCAAGAAGCACGGUUCCGACAAGGUCGCCGCCGAGCCCUUUGACAUCUCUGACCUCUCCGCCCUUCCCAACUGGGUCAAGCACAUCACAACCACCUACCCCACCCUGGACUCCAUCCUCCUCAACGCCGGCCUCCAAAAGACCCUCUUGUUCACCAACCCCACCACCAUCGACCUCGCCGCCCACACCACCGAACUCACCACCAACUACCUCUCCCCCCUGAACAUGAUCGCCCUCUUCAUGCCACACUUGAUCUCUCUUGCCCCCAACCCCACCUCCAUCAUCGUCGUCACCUCCGGUCUUUCGGUAAUCCCCCUCCCUCGCUGCGCCAACUACUCUGCCUCCAAAGCCGCCGCCCACUCGCUUGUGUGGUCCCUCCGCGCUCAAUUGACGGGCCCAGAGGCAGAGCAUACCAAGCACAUCAAAGUGGUGGAAAUCAUGCCGCCCGCGGUGAAGACGGAGUUGCACACGAUUCAGCCGGACUUGGUGGAGAUGGGACUGGGAGAUAUUGGAAUGGAGUUGAAUGAGUUUGCGGAUUUCACGUGGGGGGAGCUGCAGAAUGAAGAGAGGGAGGAGGUCUGGGUGGAUCAGCAGAGGGGGUGGAAGGAGGUGGAUGGGAAGAGGAGGGAGGUGUUUGAGGGGAGUGUCAAGGCUUUUAGGGAGAUGGGGUUGAAGUUUUAG